ACAUGCACAAGGAGGAGAUGACAAAACAGCCGUUGGGUUUAAAGAGAAGAGCUUAAUUUUGCCAUUCAGUCAGUCGACAUAAUGCCUAAAACAGAAAUACCAGAGUAUGUUAAUGAACAACAAAGACCUGGACAGAAGAAUGACACCGACACAAGAGGGAGAAACGUCUACAGGCUGGUGGCUGUCAGCUUUGGACUCUUAUGUAUCGUACAAGUUGCUCUCAACAGUGUCCUGCAUCUUUAUGUUCACAAAAACACACAUAACCUCGAAGAUAGAUUGAAAAAAGUUACUGGGGAGAGAAAUGAGUUGAAAAGGAAGCUGAUCGACGCUGUCACACACAACUACACCCAAAGCGGAUGGCAAUAUUUCGAAGGCAGCGUGUAUUACAUUUCUCCUGUUACUCUGAAGACGUGGAACCAAAGUAGAGAGGACUGUCUGCAGAGAGGUGCAGACCUGAUGAUCAUUGACAGUACAGAAGAGCAGAAUUUCACCAGACAACUGAAGGACAAUAUCUGGAUUGGACUGAUUAAGACAGAGGGCAUGUGGAACUGGGUUGAUGGGACUCCGCUGACAACAAGUUACUGGAUGAAUAAUGAGCCAAACAACUAUGACGAUAGAGGAGAAGGCUGUGCAGAAGUGAGGCUGCAUAAAGAGGAAAACAGCUGGAACGAUGAACCAUGUUACUAUGAACAGAACUGGAUUUGUGAAAAGAAACUGCCUCUGUAAAGUAGCAUCCAACCUUGGAAAUCAAUAAAAAAGGUUUCACACUUUCACACAACUCAGCCAAAAGUGAAAAUA